UUAAUCGUCUUCCAGUUCGUUUUGGCGUUGUCCUAUUUGCUAGGAUGGCAGAUAAAAUCGUCCAUUCCUGCUUGGUGUCCAAGAUUGCCAUCGCUUUGUCGAUCGUCACUUUGUUGUUGUGCUGUGGUGUGUUCAUACGAACAGAAUUGAUGCUAAACGAGCUGUGUUCAAGAGACAUGAAGGUGCAAGACAAGAUGACUUCAAAACACGACAUAGAUCAACACGGGAAAGAUCACCAUUCAAAGGAAACCGUUACUAAUCAAGAAGUAAAGGAAAAUGAAGAACUUUUGAGAAGAAAAGUAAGAGAUGCUACAACUGGCGUCAAUAACACUGAUAUGUUACUGGUUAAUAUAUUAACAAAGAAAAUCCAUCAAGAGGUCAGUAAAGCUAUUCAGGCUGCCAAGCAUAAGAUACGGGGACCUCCCGGUCCACAAGGACUUAUGGGUAAAACUGGACGGCAAGGACCACGUGGUUUUCCGGGAAAGAUUGGGCUUCCUGGUCCCAGAGGAAUGCCUGGACCACAAGGACCGAAAGGGCCAAAGGGAGAUCCUGUUCCAUUCUCAGUUCGUCCAACAGCAAUCAUUUCGCCAACACAUCUCAUCGUCAAUGAAAGCCAGUCCGCCAUAUUCCAAUGUUGUUCCAGUGGUUAUCCUCGACCCACCGUCGUGUGGAGUAAAAACAAUGCUACGUUACAACACAAACAAGCAGAAGCUGGAUGCAAUGAAAAACUUGAAAUAAAACACGUGACUGCCAAUGACUCAGGAAUCUAUCAGUGUAAGGCGUCUAAUCUUCUCGGCARCACAAAAGCAACGGCAAAACUUCAAGUGAACUUCCGCCCACGGCUGACGUUAAACACACGAACAAUCUACGAAAAGAUUGGUGAUAACAUUAAUCUACCUACGUGUCACGCGACUGGAUUCCCUAAGCCAAAAGUCACGUGGUCUAAGGUUAUUGGUAAUCAGUGGAAUUCUGGGUUGAAAAGCCUGCUGGRUCCGCGUUUUGUUCUGAAAGAUGGAGUUAUGACUAUAAUUAAAGCGAAGAAAGAAGAUUCGGGGAGAUAUGCUUGCAAAGUUGAAAAUCUUCUUGGUUCUGCUGAAGGAUCAGUUGUGGUAUACGUUAUCGAUCCGCCUGUGUUUGUUGUCAAGCCUCCAUCGUCGUAUAUUGCCCCUCCUGGCUCAACCGUAAUGCUGAACUGUACCGCUAAMGGUGACCCUCAGCCUGUMAUCAGUUGGAGAAAAGACAACACCCUUCUUCCUGCUGGCARAYAUGAAGUGAGAGAUGGCUCUUUGAUUAUAAGRAACGUCAAGAAAACRGAUUCGGGUGUGUUUGUAUGCACUGCGUCAGCCCUCGCGAGUGGUAAUAACAUUCAUAGRAUAUAUGCGGGUACGAAUUUGACUGUACUACAUGCAAAAGAUUGCKCAGAUCUUUACAAAUCAGGAGAGAGAACUAGCGGUGUUUACACAGUUCAACCCGACAAGCAGCCUGCAUUUCAAGUCAACUGUGACAUGACAACUGAUGGUGGGGGCUGGACUGUGUUCCAAAGAAGACAAGAUGGAUCGGUUGAUUUUUAUCGCAAUUGGCAGCAAUACAAAACAGGUUUUGGAAACCUGAAUGGCGAGUUUUGGUUGGGAAACGAUUACAUCCAUCGACUGACAGCAAGAACAGCGUCGAAUCUGCACGUUGAGUUAGAGGACUGGGACGGAACUAGGAAGUAUGCCAAAUAUGGUAAUUUUAGUGUUGGCGAUGAAUCAGACAAGUACAGGCUGAGGGUUGGCUCGUAUUCAGGUACUGCUGGGGACUCGUUAUAUUAUCACAACAACAUGAAGUUUAGUACAAAAGAUGGAGACAACGAUAACAGUAAUGGUAAUUGUGCUUUAUCUAAUACCGGUGCCUGGUGGUAUAAAAAUUGUCAUUAUUCAAAUCUGAAUGGAAAGUAUCUGGGAAGCAAGUCCUCUUAUGGAAUGACGUGGUGGCAUUUWCAUGGAAGAUAUAAAAAYUUGAAAACUUCCAAUAUGAAGAUACGUGCAAAUAACUUUUAACAAGAUGAACACUUGCUAGAAUUUCUUUACCUGUUUUUAAAAAUUAUGAAAAACUGAUUUAACUCGAGUUUCUUCAAAUUUCAUUUACAUGUAUUAUGAAUUGAACGCUGGUUUUUGUUUUUGAUGUUUUAUGAUUGACUUUAGCGAUUGAAUGUGAAGAUGGAUCUAAUAGCGUCCAACACAUGAAUGUCUUGAUGUUUAAUGAAAAUAAACUGGCAAAUGAAGUUCCA